CACAGACCUUUUAUUUGUGUGGAGAAUCCAAACUAAACCUUGUGUGCUAUAUAGGUAUCAAUGGCCUAAGGUGCUAAUUUUGGAUCCAUUAAAGCAUUUUUACUUUGUGAAACCCAGCCCUGCUUUAUGAAAAGAAUACAGCAAGUACUGGAGUACAGCAAUCUCAAAGGUAUUUUUAAUGGAAUUAGUAUUUGUACUAGGUGACACCCUUUUCCACACCUCCCACCUCCUCCAUAAGUGACUCAGCCUCUGAAGGAGAAACCUCGAGCUUUUCAGUCAGAUGGAGUGUGAUACUGCUCUCCGUAAACUGUAACUACCCCUCAGUUUCCAGGUGACCAUCAAUCAUUGCAGUCGGCCAGCUGCAGAGUACUUAUUAAUUAUAUAGAGAUCCCAAAGGAGGAUACAUAACCUCAAUAAAAUGUCGACCUUCACCAUAGGAAAAUCAUCCACUAAUCAAAGUGGUACAUUUAGUGAUGUAAAGAGUCCCUCUCCUACAGGGAAAAGCAGGCAACAGGCUAUUCAAGAUGACAACAGCAAACGAAGGAGCCUGUUGCAGGAUAACAGCUGGAUAAAGAAAAGACCAGAGGAGAGCACUAAUGAAAACUAUGGCAGAGUUGUGCUUAACCAAUACAAAUCUCAAGAGAGCUUACACAGUAACUUAAAUGAAAAGGAAGAUCAGAAAGUGUUACUUGGCCGAUACAGGUCUGAUACCACUUUAAACAGAAUUUCAGACAGUAGCGAUGCUGAUAAAUCAAAUAAUUCCCCACUCUCAGGAAACAGGACAACCAACAGACAGUCCUGGACUCCUCCUGAUAGAUCAACCACCACCACAUCUCCUGUGAAGCACAAAAGGCAGUCUUGGAUGCCACCACCAGUCUCCAGUUAUAAGAACAUCACCGUUAGUGUGGAAAACAAUGGGCAGCCCAGCACCCCUCCACAUACAACCACCAUAACAACAGUUGAUACUAAACGGACAUCAGAACAAACAGAACAAACUACACCUGAGAGAUCAAAAACUGCUUUAGAUGAUCAAACCAGAACAAGACUAGUAUCUCCAACAAAACCUGGCAUGACUGUUGCUGAAGGAAGAAUUGCAGCAGAAAGAACUAUAAGGAGCCAAGAUCUUGAUAAUCUCAAAGAAAAUCCCACAUCUAACACAAAUGACAAGGGAAGAAAAGACCUUGAUGAUCUCACCGUUGUAAAUACUGCUGCAAAUAAAAAUAAGAGAGACCAAGGUCUUGAUGAUCUCAUUGAAGUAAAAACUGCAGAACAAAAUAAAAAUCGGACAACUGAACAACCUCAUGAUUCCACUAAAGCUCCAAAUAAACCAGCUAACACAAAUUCCUCUUAUGACAACAGAAGAGCCAGCAAUAAUACUUCAACCAGUUCCUCAAGUUCAAAGGACACUGUUGUGUACACAAAGACAUAUAAGGAGAAUAGAAAACCACUCAAUGAUACAUAUGAAGAAAAUGUUACUGGAAAAUCUAUCAAAACUGUUUAUUCUACUUCUGAUCGGUCUAUAAUUGAAAAAGAUAUGUGCACAUUCUGCCGGAAACCACUGGGCAUAGAGGCCAAAAUGAUCUUAGAUGCCCUACAGAUUUGCUGUCACUCAACUUGUUUCAAGUGUGAAGUGUGCAAAAGAUCUUUGGAAGACCUGAAAGCAGGAGACAGCAUUUGGAUUUACAAAAAUACUGUGCAUUGUGAACCCUGCUAUUCCAAAAUUAAAGAAAAAUGGAUCUACUAGUUUUGGCUCCCAGAAACCAGGAUGAAGAUAUAGUAAUAUUUAGUUGAAUACUUUUUUCCUAAUGUUUAAAUAACCUAUGUAAAAAUAUUUUUGUUAGGAAAUAUUCUAAGUAUAAUAUUACUAAAUAGUCACUAUAGGAACAUAGUCAAUGAGACUUAAGUUGACUUAUAUAUACUUCCAGAAAGCAACAAAAUAUAUAGUUCAGUAAGUCCAUAAGAUGUAUGAAACAGUUAUUUCUACAUGUGAUUUAGCAAAAGUCGAGUAACCUUGAAAAGUACCGUAUGAAAGGCCUGUGAGUUUUGAAAGACCUGUUUUAUCAAAAUGUCUGGUAACAAAUAAAAAACUGUUAGCUUUAUAUGCUAUGUUUUUUAAACUGAUACAUUUAUGUAUAAUAUAUUUUUUUAAAGCAGUGGUCUUAUGGCUAUCCAAUACAAUUAUAAAAUCUCUACUCUGCAUGACAUUACUGUUAUACACAGUCUCUUACUUUUGCAAGGUGGUUAGGCCAACAUCUUGUGUCUACUAAUUGUAAAGGACAUAAAAAGCACUUGUCUUGGCACAGAAAAUAUAUUAAAGAAAUUAAAAGAAUCGGUCAUCAUUUGUUA